CCACCCGCACCCCCAUGGCCACAAGCCGCCGGCCGCCGGCCGCGGAGAUGGAGCCGCCGGGUUCCAGUUCUAAAAGGAGGAGGUCAGAUUCGGUGGAGCUAGAGGCCGGCGAGCCCCCGCAGGUGGAGGCCGAAGCCACGGAGGUGCCGAAUCCCCAGCCCGCUACGCCGCCAUCUCCCUCCUCUCCACCAAGCGAUGAAGGCGGAGGCGGCGGCGGCGGCGGCGUCGAUUACAUCAGCAACCUCCCCGACGCCAUCCUCGGCGAAAUAGUCGCCCUCCUCUCAACCAGGGACGCCGCCCGCGUCCAGACCCUCGCCUCCCGGUGGCGCCACAUCUGGCGCGACAACCCUCUCAACCUCGACUGCGGCGAGCUCCCCCACUCCGGCGACGAGGCCCGCGCCCAGACCGUCUCCCGCAUCCUCGCCGACCACCCCGGCCCCGGCCUCCGCUUCUGCAUCCCGUCGCACCUCCUCCACGACCGCCCGGCCACUGUGGACGCCUGGCUGCGCUCCCCGGCGCUCGACGGCCUCCAGGAGCUUGACAUCCGUUUGAGCCGGAUUUACUGGCCGCGCCGAGAGCCGCCGGCGCCUACCUUUCGAUUCGCGGCCACCCUCCGUGUGGCUACCUUGAGCAAGCUCGACCUCCUGGGUGGCAUGGUUGAGGCGCUUCACUUCCCUCGGCUCACGCACCUCGCACUUGAAGAUGUCUGCAUGUCCGAGGGCUCCCUGCACACCAUGAUUUCCAGUUCCACCUGCCCUGUCAUGGAAUGCUUGCUGCUCGAAGACUGCUAUGGGUGCCGCCGGCUGCGGAUAAGCUCAGAUAGCCUCAGAAGCAUGGCUGUCGGUGUUGAUAGCGAUACUGAAAACCAUACUGGCAAGCCCCGGUUAGAGGAAGUCAUCCUUGUCAACGCCUCUUGCCUUGAAAGGUUCCUCCAUAUUAACACAGACGAGGCAGUCAAUGUGUCUGUAAUUGUGGCGCCGAAACUGGAGACCUUAGGCUGUCUUACUGAUGAGCCCGGUUCCUCCAGAUUCGUGUUUGGCACCACGGUUCUUCAGGGAUUCCUUGUUGUGAGUUUGACUACGGUCGUGCACAGUGUCAAGAUUCUGGCUCUCAAAUCAUAUGAAAUUAAACUUGAUAAGGUUAUUGACUUGAUGAAAUGCUUUCCAUGUUUAGAGAAGUUGUACAUAAAGUCUUGUAUUUCAGGCCGAGCAACGAAUCUGUGGCGUCGCAGACAUAGGGAUUUCAUUAGAUGCUCUGAUAUCCGUCUUAAGACAAUAGUGUUGGAGCAGUAUCGAGGCAUCAGAUCACAAGUCAACUUUGCCUCAUUCUUUCUACUGAAUGCGAGAGAGUUAGAGUUACUGACACUUGAGAUUCAAAGCAAAGAUUACAAUGAAGAGUUUGUUGCAGAACAACAUGGGAUGCUUCAGAUGGAGAGAAGGGCUUCAAGAGGUGCUCGGUUACAUUUUAUUACAACAAACAGAUGUCAGCAUUUUCUUAUGCACGUUAACCAUGUCCGUGAUUUGUCUAUAACCGAUCCCUUUGAAUGUAGAUGUUAAAAUUAGCCUUGGUCGUGACGCUUUUAUCAUUUUUCCUUUUCACUCUCAUUUGGUACUUUGUCUAAACAAUUGUCUCAUGACUGUAGUGUUUUAAAUAUUCCUUCACUCUGAAAACUUGGGAUAUCAAAAUAUAUCCAUUGUUAGUUGGUGGUCUAUGCAGUAAACAGAUUUUAAUAGAAAUGGUGUUUAUUUGGAACUUCAAA